AUCUGUGGAACUGCAAGCAAAACCUUUAUCUUGAGAAUCUAUUACAGCUAAGUAUGUUACUGUUAUGAGAGGUGGUUCAUUUUCACUUUGUGAGGAUCAAGAGUCUUCUGGGAGUAAUAGCUUCAGUUUGAAUAGUGGCCCACAACAACAACAACACUGGAACAAUUGUUCUUAUGGUGAUUCGCCCGAUUGUUGGAGUCCGAGAUUGAGUUCUAAAGAGGAGAGUUUGAUGAAAAGAAGAGAGUGUGAUCAUCAGCAUAGCGGUGGUAUUGGACAUGGAAGACUUGCUACUACAUCUUCUAGCAUUAAAGUAUCAAUCGGCAGCAAUGAAUAUUUACUAAAACCUGCACUAACAGAAGCAACUUUGCUGUUAAUACUAAAGAAUUUUUUUGAGGUCAUUCUGCAUCUCCCUGUAGUGAAUAGGUGGUUCUUGGAGGUGGUGAGGAUGUAUCAGUUGUUACAACUACUGAUCAAAGUGCUGGCAGCUACCUUAUAGGCUGUGACAACGAACUUGCGAAAUUACAUACUAGCCAUCCCGAGGCUUGCGACAAAGAUGGUGGCGUGAUCAAUAUGCAUAUAGACGAUCUCUGAAAAUUUGCGAUGCUAUGGCUGCAUAAAACUGAGGAGGUUUGAGCUGAUAGAGCUCAUUAUGCAAGAAAUAUAACACGAGACAUAUAUGAGACCGGGUGGAUCAGUGAGAUGUAUGGUUACUCAUUUGGUGCGGCAGAGUUGAAACUAAAGCACACUAUAAGCAAUGAGAUAUUGAUAUACCCGGGAUAUGUUCCUGCGCUGAACGUCAAAUAUCGAGUUUGUCAUUAUGGAUUGUAAUUCAGUUAGUUGUCCACAUGGUCUAUUGAUGCCUGAGCAAGCUCCUGGUGCUAAACGGGUCCUUGUUCCUGAGACUUUUUGGCUCUUCUUAUGUGAAGAUUCUAUUUCAUAAUCAUCAUGUGGCUGAUC